AUGAGCAACCUUGAGACUAAAGGUGAAUGCAAGGUCAGCUUGAAAGAUUUAAAACCUGGUCAGACAGUCGUCUAUCAUCCCGUCGGCACGGCUGGUACUACUAGUGAAGGUGUCAUUCAGGAAAUUAUUACCGAGCCUGAGGUUGUUGGUGAUACCCAAAAGAAAGUUCAGGCGAGCGAAGAACAACCGCGGAUCCUGAUCAAAAAUUCUAAUACUGGCAAAGAAACUGCGUAUAAACUUGAAAACAUUGAAUCUAUCAAAGCAUAA